UCGUUUCCUCUACUUACCUCCGACGCCAACCUACAGCGAAACUGCUGCUAAAAUAUUCUGUCUGCUGGUCUGGUCAGGACAAAAUGCUUUCCAUAUGGGUUAUAUUUCCAUAUUCACCUGCGUAUUGUUGACUAUCGAACGCUGGAUAGCUGUUGUCAAACCCAAAACAUAUCGCUCAUUAAAACCGAAACACGCUGUUGUAGCUGUGAUAUUUGUCUGGUUCUGGGGUAUAGCGGUGAAUUCCACACCAUUCUUUCGAAUAAAGUACGAUCCUGAUAAAAAUCUCUGCAGAUGGACGCCUUUGCCUUUUGCAACGAGAGUGAUUCCAUGGAUAAGUUUAACAGUGCAGUCUAUCAUUCCUUACACUACUAUGAUAGUGUUGUAUACUCAUAUCUAUUUCCGAAUGAAGAGUUUACCUCAGAUUUCUUCAAAUCGUGAUCCCCAGCUGAAGAAGGUAACCGUUGUAGCGCUGUCGGCAUGCUCGGCUCUGAUUAUCGGUUGGCUUCCAGGCCGGAUCACAUUCAUGUUAUCCAAGUAUGGUUACGUCCAUCCAAACAGUAUCCUACACACUUCAUUUGUCAUGACGACCUUUUGUAAUAGUUGUGUUAAUCCAGUGCUGUACGGGAUGUGUAGCUCCAAAUUCCGUGCGGAGUACAAGAUUGUGUUUAAUAAACUAUCAAAGCUAUGCGGUACUUCUGCAACAUCAUCUGCUUCCUAUGCUGUGCCCGACUCCUCAGUCAACUCCAAUGAGCCAUCAGGAAUUAGCCAACAAAGUGCAUUGUAA